UGAGAAUGAUUCCAUUUUCAGCCAACGGAUUUUCUCUAACCGCAGUUUUUAAUUUCAAUACCAAUUCCAUAGAAAUACAAAAUAUAAAUAAAAACGAAGGAAAUACUGUUCUCCGACUACCCUCCUGUCCGAAGAAUGCAGUCUACGAUAUGAAUACAAAGCAAUGUCGACAAGUUAUCUACCACCCUCAACUAAACUGUACAACAACAGGUCUAAAUGAAUCUGAAUAUCACAUCACUAAUGAUGGUCUUCUAUACUUAAAUAAUACCCAUCGUUUACUGAACCAAUCAGAAUUCAGUUUCGAUGAAAAUGGUACAAUAAUCAUCUGUGUAAAAAAUCUUAUCAAUGUAUUACGAAAGUAUUCCGAAGCUGAAUCUUAUAUCACGUUAGUAGGGCUUAUAUUUUCUAUCCCAGCUCUAGCAAUCUCUAUUAUAGUCUAUCUCUGCAUACCUGAUCUCCGUACCUUACCAGGUAAAUUACUCGUUAGUCUUUUAUCAGCAUUGUUUGUAGCUGAGCUUCUCUUUCUUAUCUCAUCACAAGUCACUGCAUCUACAGUUCUGUGUAAAUCUUUAGCUAUAGUGAUACAUUAUUCUUUUCUAGCGAGUUUCUUCUGGAUGAAUGUUUUAUCAUUCGAUGCCUCGUACACUUUCUCAGGACUUACACUACUUCGAAGUAAAGGGAAAGGUACCAAGAGAUUUGUAUUGUAUUCCUUAUAUGCUUGGAUUUGUCCACUUGUAAUAGUAACAAUAUCACUGGUAUUUGAGUACAUACCUGGAAAUCAUGGACUUUCUCCAGAAUAUGGAAAUGGCAUUUGCUGGAUUACAAAUGGUAAAAGUCUGCUAUGGUUGUUUGCAUUCCCUGUUAUGCUCAUUUUAUGUCUUAAUAUAACAGCAUUUAUCCUCACUGCCAGAGGGCUAUAUAUGGCUAGCAAACUUUCUGCGAAAUAUCUGAAAAAACAUAAUAAAUUGGAGAUCAUUGUUUGCAUAAAACUGUUUUUUACUAUGGGACUUACAUGGACAUUUGCAUUCCUGUAUACUUUUACAAAAAUCGAAGAAUUCUCUCUAAUAUUUUGUAUUUUAAAUUCUUUUAUUGGAUUAUUUAUUUGCCUAUCGUUUCUCUUCACAAAGAUCGUCUGCCGCAAUAUACUUAAAAAAUUUCGUCCUAUAUCAAAAUGGCCUCCCACAGAAUCAAGUGAGAUGUCGUCAACUUCUCAGAGAACUUUAUCGACACAAAUACCAACAAAAAUUACGUUUGAAUAGUACAACUUGUUUUGUGAACGAAAGGAAUUUUAUUGUUCUUCAAAGAAUCCAUAGACAAUAUUUACGGCUUUCAUAAUGGGACAAUAUACUGACUAUAUAUUCAUUAAUAACAAUAUUUCAUGAUAUAAACGUAUUGUGUGUUUUGGGUUGGCAACUAAGUUUCCGCCGUUUUUUUAAAUUUAAAUUCUUUUUAAUGUUUAAUAAAAAAAAUAACAUCUAAUUAAUCUAUAAUGUAUUCACCCUUGUUCUUUACAACUUCUU